AUGCAUAAGAAGAGCCGUAGCCAGGUCAGACAGCUGACUGCGUGUUACCCACAGAUGCGUAUUGCAAGCGAACAUCUCAUGCAUGUCCAUGAGGCGCCUCCCAGGGACAAGGCUGCCACUGAGACGCAGCAGAAAGACGGGGAGGACGCAAGCGGCCGGGGAACGUGGUGUCAGCGGGGAGCGUUCUGCGUGGGCCGGGAACAGAGAGGAACAGAAGCGCUCAGUUCUUACUGGACUGAGGGCGCCGACAAGUACAAGAAAUCAGAAAGUGUGCAGCUAGGAGCGUAUGACGCAGCUCUGCGGGGCUGGCGGGGUCUGCCGGCCGGAAGCCGCUGCUCCUCUGCCUCGGAGUGGCGGUGCGGUGUCUGCAGGGACCCGAAAAAUUAUGGCUGCCUUGGGGGAAACAAACUGUGCGUAACACUCCAGCUGGAGGCUGGGAGAAUUAAUUCCACUUUCAGUUUGGGCAGAGAUCAUUUCUCUUCUGGCGCCGAGGGCAGUCAGGGUGGGGCCGGCAGGGUGCCGGAGGUGCCACUGUCUGCAGAAGCAGGCCGUGCUGACCCCGGAGCGGCGCUGAGCCUGGUACUGACCUCGUGCAGGACAGGAACGUCAGCUGAUGACGCACAGGGAAGUGGCCCCAGGAGAAAGCUGCCGGCGUCAAUGCCCUUCCACCAUAAUGUUCCCGCCUUGAAGCCAGCGGACCAUGGGCUGAAUCCUCUGAAACAGUGAAUCAAAUGAACAUCUCCUUCCUUGAGUUGUGAGUAUC